CAGAGAAAAAGUGUUUAUAUGUCAAGAAAUACAAUAUUUUAGAGAGAACGGAGAGUAAGGCAUCCUUGCAAUGGCAUUCAUCUCCAGAAGCUCGACACUAAUGGAAAACGCGAGUGUAAGUUCAUAUUAUGACUCAUCUGAUUACACUUACGUGUAUCCCUUCUCUUCGACGUGGCUUGCCAUAGUCCCAUUAGUUGUUUCCUGCAUAAGUGUUGUAACUAUCAUCGGAAACUUCAUGGUGAUUGUGGCCUACAUUCGAGAUCAACAAAUCCGAGCGAAUGUGGCAAAUAUCUUCAUUCUCAACCUUGCUAUCACGGACUUCAUCGUUGGGGCUCUCGUCACGACCGUCAAUCUUUCUUGGCUCAUCAAGGACACUUGGGUGCUUGGUGAGAUGUUCUGUAAACUGUGGCUAGUGUUGGACUACACAGUGGUCUUGGUAUCUGUUUGGACGAUGGUCAUGAUCAGCUGGGAUCGCUACUGCCUCUUGACAAUGGGUCUGAAGUAUCAGAAUUUUCAGACCAAGAAACGAAUCGGACUGAUCCUUAUCUGCACAUGGGUGUCUACUUUCAUUUGGUACUCAACACUUGCAUUCGCAUGGGCCCCAAUAACUGGACAAAGCAAGAUAGAUUAUAUUGACGACUGUGAGAUGGAACUUUCCGCCAGUUUCACCGGGGCAACGCUGCACAACGUGACCGUGUUCUUUAUACCGUUUUCAGUUCUUUUGAUUCUGAAUCUAGCCGUGUAUGCUAACAUUAAACGAAGGUCGAGGGGCGUCGUAGGACAAAGUCCUCCCACCAACAAUUCAAAUCAACCAACACAAUCUACCGGGAUAAGUCAGGGACUCACUGACGCAUCAGGGUCUCCUGGAAACUUGCCCCUUGCGGAUAUGCCAGCUGCAUUCCAGGGACAUCCUACUGCAGCCGGUCCAUCAACCGCUAGCUCUAGUGCAGCUGCGCAACAUUUGCAGAGUCAUGUCCCAGGCGAGGGACAUCCUACUGCAGCCGGUCCGUCAACCGCUAGCUCCAGAACAGCUGCACCACAUUUGCAGAGUCAAAAGCCAGGAAACGUGCCAGUCAGUGGCACAUUGGUAGUUGAGUUGAAGACAGAAGAACGGACAUUUGCCAAACACCGCAAAGCAGCCAUUGUUCUUAGCAUCCUCGUAGGGUGUUUCUUGCUCUGCGGGUUACCAUACCAAGUGUCCACCGUCAUGUAUGCAGUUUGUGGAACCAACUGCGUUUCGGAUCUCACGUGGGAGAUCACAAACUCGCUGCUUUGGAGUAACUCGACGAUUAAUCCGUUUAUUUAUGCUGCCACUAAUAAGCACUUUCGUCGUAACUUUCGGCACUAUUUGCUUCUCGACCGAUGGGUAUGUGAUAUCAAGAGCUGUAAAGUUAAGUGUAAUCGUUAAAUUUGUAUUUCACUGUCACAAUAUGAUAUUGGUAGUAACUGAAUAGGGCUUUAGUAAUGCCACUAUCAUGAAAUAAGGAUAUUGUAAAUAUUGUGGAUAUAGUGAGACUAUAAAGGGAACAUUUUGUUGGGAAAAAAGAGGUCUGCUAUCGUUAACAACAGUGAUUUUUGCAUUUUUUUUUCAGACUUGCAACUUUAAAGAACUAACACUUACAGUCGGGGAUAAUCCCACACAAAGCUAAACAAGGACCGUAAAAUUGAUAAUGCGUGAUCUUAUGGGAAAAAAUAAUCCAUCAAGAUGUUCAUUGUUUCCCUCCUAACACGGGCAUCAUUUAAGGUCACCAAAGGGCCACUAAUUCAUUGAUCACCGGUUGUUUAUUGAUUUGGGAAUAUACCCGUGUGAGUCAAACAAAAGUUUACACUAAGAAAAUUGUCAUUUAUUUUAAAACUCAGCUAUGAACGUAAGGUUACCAUACAUGUUUUAAAAGAGUGGUUUAUAC